AUGCUUCCCCAGAGCAGCAUUCAGAACUCGAAUAGCAAGUUAGACCAGCACACGCGCACAACCGUUGAGCGACCAUUAGUAACCAAAGGAUUUCAAGUCUUUGUUCAUGGUGUGGUUGAGGGCGCCGAGUGCGACGAGGCGAGUUCCUUGUUUGCGCGCACUCAACUAUUCUUUGGACCAGAUUGGUCCUUUUUAUCCCUUCCCACGACCAAAGACGGAUCAAGCAAUCUUAACGAUAGUAAUGUGGUCUAUACUACUUACAGCCACAACGCCGAGGUAAUUACACAGCUUUCAGACCGCUCGACUGGACCUUUUGCAAACUUUGUGUGGGCCGCACCCUUCGAAUUCGCGUUACACAGUACCAACCCGCACGGUUGGCCACAGCUUAUUGUGACGCUCCACACAAUAACCAGCAAACCCUUGAACGUAGUUGCACACAGGGCAUACGGUCGAGAUCUUGACUGCAGAGAUGCAAUAGUUGGCUACAGUCGCUGCUUUGUGCCUAUGCAGAGCGGCCAUCAUAGCCGACAAUUGAGCAUCAUGCAGCUUGAAAAUGCGACGAAGAAGCAUCAAUUGAUUAGCUUUCUAACCCGUGAGGCCCCUGUGCUGCGAGAUGUAUCGUAUAUCUGUCGAGGUGAUGAUCGCGUCGUGCUGACAACUAGACCCGUUUCUGGGUAUGUGAAACUGACAUUUGUGGUAAUGAUUCAAGGUAUGUCUUCCUGUGGAUUUGAUGACUCAUAG